AAUCCAUCCCAUCAAAUACAUCUAAAAACAAAGUAUAACAAUCUUCUACUAUCUUUACUCUUAUAUGACCCUAUCUCUUCCCUUAGAAUACAGCUCAUCUUAAACCAUGGACUCAGAUUCUGAACUGCAGAUGAGCAAGAGGAGGAGGAGGAGCAACCAAAGAGAAGAUCAACCAGUACUUGGCAUGGAGAAUUUACCUUAUGAAAUCGUCGCCGACAUAAUUUCAAGGCUGCCUUUUUCAUCUCUUGUGCAAUUCAGGUAUGUAUGCCGAGCGUGGCGCAAUUUAGCCCAAGACCAACAUAAUCUUGAAUCUCUUGAUCAUUUUCAUAACUCCAACACAGCUGAUGAGAACAGUUAUCUAUGCCUAAUCUUCCACUGUGAUUAUCCCAUCAGAAACCAUCUUUGUUUUGUAGCCUACCCUUUUGAUCAUUGUGGCAAAGAGGCACAAAUAGUGAAAAAAAUCCACACACCUUUCUGUGGUUUAAUGCCUGAGUUUGACGUGGUAGGCUCAUGUAAUGGUUUGCUAUGCUUGUCUGAUUCUUUAUACAAUGAUGCACUUUACAUAUACAAUCCAUUCACUAGGGAUUAUAGAGAGCUGCCCAAGUCAAUUCAAUUUCCUAAUCAAGAAGUGAUUUAUGGAUUUGGGUUCCAUCCAAUUACUAAGGAAUAUAAGGUGGUUAAGAUAGUUUAUUAUAGGAAUGCACAUAGAGGCUCAUGGCAUCGAUUUCGAGUCUAUCGUCCACAAUCAGAAGUUCAAGUUCUCACUCUGGGAAGCUCCAAUUGGAGAAGUAUAGGCAAAACAUCUCACUACCUUCAUCACUGGCCUGCACAGGUCUUGGUCAAUGGAAGGCUUCACUGGGUUACUUGGAGAAGAAGGUACCACCCGGGACGAAAGCUCAUCUCUUUUGACUUGGGAGAUGAGCAAUUCAGGGAGGUCCCAAAACCUGAGGCUGAUGGCUUAAACAGGUGGGAUUAUCAUCUGCUGGUUGUAAGAGGCUGCCUUGCUGCAGUUUUCUAUUGCAGCUUUGGGAAAUUGGAGAUGUGGGUUAUGAAGGAGUACGGUGUGAAGGAAGCUUGGGUCAAAGAGCUGAGCAUAGCAAGCCAUGUGCCAAAGGCAUUGAAACAAGAUGUCGAUAGAUCAUGGAAGAUUUCAAAGAUUGCUAUCAGAGGAAGAUAUGUGAGGGUUUUGUGUGUUUUGGGGAGUGGCCAGAUCUUGUUGGAGUACAAAAGCAGAGCUCUAGUUCUCUAUGACCCAAAUGGUGGAAAUUUUCAAGAUCUUGUGUUUCAGGGGAUGCCAAAAUGGUUUCAAACUGUUGUUCAUCUGGGCAGACUUAACCAAAUUCAUACCCUUGUUUGCUGA